AGGUGCGUUCAAUCCGGAGCAAGAGGCCUGCAUGCAUUCAGUCUGAAUAAUGCCUCUUCUACCUUCUCAAGAACCAACCUGUUCUACCACUUUGAAAUAGGCUAUAGACCAACUACACCCUGAUGACAAGGAACUGUCAGCUGAUCUUCACACAAUGUUUACUUCUGUUGGUUCAUGUUAUCACACAGCAGGCUAAGCGCACACACUCAUUGCUACAGUACUAUAGGCUAUGUUGUUGCUCUCCAUCUUCUAGACUUCAGCUCCUUCUUGUGUAAGGGAACCUUUUCAGUUGACGGAAGGAAGGAUGAAGGCAGACCAGGAAGCUCCUCCCCCCUCCCCCGGAUUGGAGGAUUUGGCGAUCCGGUGUCGGGAAGUGUGUCGGUCGUACGGGAAACUCAAAGUCCUGAGUAACCUCAACUUGACCGUACCACAGGGACACAUCUACGGCCUGCUGGGUCCGAGUGGAUGUGGGAAGACCACGCUGUUGAAAUGCAUUCUGGGAACCCUGAAGAUCUCCCGAGGGCACAUCAGCGUGUUGGGGAAGCCGCCCGCAUUUCCUGGUCACCAGGUCCCUGGGAGGAUGGUGGGGUACAUGCCACAGGACCUGGCGUUGUACAAUGAGUUUUCUAUCAGUGACACUCUGACGUUCUUCGGAAGGAUCCACGGCCUGUCAUCUACGGACACCCAGGCACGCAUGGACUUCCUGGUGGACUUCCUGGACCUACCUCACAACAGCAGCCUGGUUGGAAAACUCAGCGGAGGGCAGAAACGGAGGGUGUCUCUAGGAGCAGCCUUACUUCAAAACCCCCAGUUAUUGAUUCUGGAUGAACCCACAGUCGGGGUGGACCCUGUGCUGAGAGCCAAGAUCUGGCAGCAUCUAGUAGAGAUUGUGAAAACUGGAAAAGUAUCAGUCGUCAUCACCACUCACUACAUCGAGGAGGCCAGGCAAGCCAACGUGGUGGGUCUGAUGAGGAAUGGCCGAAUGUUGGCCGAGGGGGAACCAGAAACCUUGAUGAAACAGAACAGUGCUGCGACCCUGGAGAAAGCCUUCCUGCAGCUGUGUGAGAACCUCAGACCAGGUGGGCUCCAAACACAGCACCUACCCUCAGGGUGGGGUACUAGAGAGCGGGCCAAUCACUCGAGAGUGGCCGGGACGAGAGUCUACCAAUCCUGGGAGCCGGAUCGGGACCAGUAG